GAAACAAUUUUAGCGUCUUUUUCGUCAACAACGUGGUCACGUGACUCACGUGAUAUCACACCCAUUUACAGCCGUUAGUGAUAUUUCACCUCACCCUUUGUUUUGACUUAAUGACACCAUAAAGGCUCAAGUCGGGUUCGGUGGUUGGAAGCAAUCAAUUUUGAAGUACGGUAGCUUUGGUGUUGGGUAAAGUAAGAAAUCAUUUUCAUUUGUAAUUUGUACUGCAAGGAGGUGAUGAGUGUGAACCUGCCGAACUUGGCCCCGAAGACAAGAGAGGAAGGUAACGCUGCAAAGCGCAAUUUAAAAGCCUCUACAAUGUAUUCUCUGCCUGCAGCCUCAGGGCCGACCAAGUACCAUGCACGCAAAUCCUUCGAGGACAAGCUGGUUCCAUAUAGGAGUGGAGAUUACAGGCAGAAGUUACCUACAAUCAACGUGAACCCAAAGACUUACGAAUUGUCAACAAACCCCAACAUUAAAAAUCUCAAGCGACAAAAUGGUGACCUGCAGCUACAGUUGGUAGUAUUCAAAACACAGUCCAAAAUGAUGAGGAAUGUUCUACAUCGUCACUCGGUGGCACUGCAGGAAUACCAAAGAUUGGAAGGCAAUAUAUCUAAGAUACAAGAGCAGCACAUCAAUGAGGUCAAUGCCAUACGGAAUUUGCUCUGGAAGACUCGCUCCAGCUGUGACACUCUGGCAAAGAAGCUGCAGGACUCUGAGAAUGAGUUGUUCGACUCAAAAAAGAAAAUCCUGCAACUGGAAUCGCUGAUCUUUCAUAAUCCUACCAUGCUGGAAAAGGAAGAGCUCAGCCGCAGGUUGGAUGAGGCUACCAUAGAUCUGAAGGAGAAAACCAAACGGAUAUGGGAGCUAGAGAAGAAUAACAAGCUGCUUCAAAGCACACUCCAUCGACACAUAGCAGCAGAGCAAAAAAAGCUGUCCAAGACCACCGAUGUGUUCUACUGUCUGCAAGCACGAGUCUAUGCGUUAACUAGAGAAAUUCAAGAACGAAAAGAUGUACUGCAACACUACAAUCUACCUGGUCUGCGAUUUGAACAUUUGGCAAGCAAAAAAGAAACAUUGAACAAGAUUGUCCAGACUGAAGAAGUAGCAUCUCCAUUGACUGCGGAUGAGAGUUUGGUCAAGGGAGAUGUUCCUAAGCCUGACGAUGAGCUGCAAAAAUGGCUGAGAUCACCCAGCGGAGAUAGUGCACCAGGAAUGUCUUUGGCAGUUAAAUACCUUAAGACAAGGAGGAGGCUUAAAGAAGAACGUCAGAAAUUUACUGACUUGAAGGAAAUCCCUGAUCACCAAAUGGCAGGAGACUGUAGUGAACGAAAGGACGUAACAGAUGCCUCAAGGGUGGCCAUAGAAGAAGAGGAGGAGGAGGAGGAGGAGGAGGAGGAGGACGAUGAGGAGGAGGAUUGGAUAGGCACACAAAAUAGUCUAGGCUCUAGCAUCUUUGCUGACGCUAUGGACCAACUGUCACCCAGAGAAAUACCCAAGCGCACCCAUUUCUGUCUUCAGUAUGUGUUCACACCAGCAACUACAAAUCUGCACUUGGGGAAACCAGCCUAUAGCGGAUUGGACCAGAAGUCACUCGAGAGUCGGACACAUGGAAAAGCACCAACAAAGAAAGCAGGCCACAAUGCAGAAGAGGAUGACUAUUAGACUCUUCCUGAUUUGUUUUUUUCUUCUUCAAAUCAUGUUGACAGUCUCCUGGUGGUAGACGU